ACAAGAGUCACAUAUAUUGAGUUGACAUUCGAGUCUAAUUGAGUCACAGUAACAAACUUAGGCCAGAAAAUUUUUGAGGGAAGAAAGAGUGAGUGAAAUGGAAAAGAGAAGGGUAAAUUAGUGAUAAAAAAGUGAGGUUCAAAGCAAAAGACCGGAGAGAAGAAGAGACUUUGAAGGCUUUAAACAUUUGGAAAAUGCUUGCUUGUGUUUUACUGUAUGUAUUAGUAACAUGUAAUGUGGUGUAAGGCAUCUAAACUCACUACCUACCACUGAUAACUCCAUCCCUUCUUCUCUUCUCUUUUAUUAUUCCCCUCAACUCUAAACCCAUUUCAAUGUCCAUCUACUUCUCUCAGGCUCAGCCUCUUCCUGGCUUUGCCUUUGUCUUUUCAUUUUCUAGGAGCCUCAUUUCUUGUACCACAUAGCUUCACUCAAGCUUAGGUUCACCUACACAUUUCCCCAGAAAACAAAUCAUCUUCUUUUAGCUAUUUAAUUGCUUCUUUUUUUUUUUUUUGACUAGUUAGUGCAUUUUGGUUUCUUCAAUUGGCUGCUGUUGCAUCUGGGAACUGGCCACAUUUGGGCUUCCUAAAUUGGCUUGUUAGUCUCAGAUCUGAGCUUGUUUAUUUGGGUUUUUUCUGUAUGAGGAGUGGAUGUACCCAAUUCAAAGAUCUGAACUUUACUGCUGGAAGGUUUUGAAUAUCUGAAAGAAAUUAAGAAAAAACAGACAUGGCAACUGAUCUCAAUGCAGAAUUGUCCAAGAAGACUGCCAUUUUUGGUCUUAAGGUCUGGGAGGUUAUUGGGAUUGUUGUUGCAUUAUUUAUCAUAAUCAUCCUGUCUCUGCUAUCAUUUUGUUUAACUUCCCGGAAGAAAUCAAGAGCUAGAAAUAAGCUUCCCCUUACCCAAAUCCCAUCUGUUUCUAAGGAAAUAAAGGAAGUCAGGGUGGAGCAAUUGUCAACCAAUGAUUUUGUUCCUCGUGAUGGUAUUCUUCUUACCAUUCAUGAUAAAUCGAGUGACAAAGAGUCAGAUAAGGUUCUGGUUCAUCUGGGGAUGGGAAAAUCCAAGAGUGGAGACAAUAGUACUCAGUCCGGUUCAUUUCCCCAUUUAGAAAAAGAUGGUGCAGGGUCUCAGUCAGGAGAAGAAGGGAGUUCUGGCACAGUAACUGUUUAUAAACCCUCUUCUUCAUAUCCCAUCACUGCUCCUUCUCCUCUAGUUGGCCUGCCUGAAUUCUCUCACUUGGGUUGGGGUCACUGGUUUACACUGAGGGAUCUUGAACUUGCCACAAACCGGUUUUCAAAGGAAAAUGUUCUUGGAGAGGGUGGAUAUGGCGUUGUUUAUCGGGGCCAUUUGAUCAAUGGGACGCCAGUGGCAGUUAAGAAGAUCCUCAACAACUUGGGCCAAGCAGAGAAAGAAUUUAGAGUGGAAGUAGAAGCUAUUGGGCAUGUGCGCCACAAAAAUUUGGUUCGUCUUUUAGGCUACUGUAUUGAAGGAACACACAGGAUGUUGGUUUAUGAGUAUGUCAACAAUGGAAACUUGGAACAAUGGCUUCAUGGAGCUAUGCGUCAGCAUGGAUAUCUUACUUGGGAGGCUCGCAUUAAAAUUCUUCUUGGCACAGCUAAGGCUCUUGCCUACUUGCAUGAGGCCAUUGAACCAAAGGUGGUGCACCGAGACAUUAAGUCCAGCAAUAUAUUGAUUGAUGAUGACUUCAAUGCCAAGGUUUCCGAUUUUGGUCUGGCCAAGUUGCUGGGUGCUGGGAAAAGUCAUGUUACAACCCGAGUUAUGGGAACAUUUGGAUAUGUGGCUCCUGAAUAUGCAAAUACUGGCCUUCUGAAUGAAAAGAGCGAUGUCUAUAGCUUUGGGGUUGUACUAUUGGAAGCAAUCACUGGUAGAGAUCCUGUGGAUUAUGGUCGUCCUGCCCAUGAGGUAAAUCUGGUUGAAUGGCUGAAAAUGAUGGUUGGAAGCCGGAGGUCAGAGGAAGUGGUAGACCCAAAUAUUGAGGUUAGACCGUCAACAAGAGCUCUGAAGCGUGCCCUUCUUACUGCUUUGAGAUGUGUUGAUCCGGAUUCUGAAAAAAGACCCAAGAUGGGCCAAGUUGUGCGAAUGCUUGAGUCUGAGGAGUAUCCUAUACCAAGAGAGGAUCGAAGGCACCGUAGGACUCAUGGGAAUAGCUUGGAAGUAGAUUCACAAAGGGAUAAUUCUGACACUGAUUGGAGUGAUUAUCCAGCCUCCAGAUCAGAGAGCAAGCGGACACAAUCCUAACCUAAAAUGCAAACAGGCUGGGGACGGAGGGUGGGAUUCUUAAAAUUUUUUUCCGUGUUAAAAGUUGUUGGGGUUUUCUCCAUAUUAGUUGUCGAUAAGUAGGGAAUGGUGGUAAAGAGUGGGGAAAGGGAAGGUGAUCCCAUAUUCUUUUGCCUUUUAUUAUUGUUGAUGUUGUUGUUUCGCCUUUUGUUUUAAAAUUGAACAUAAUUUGUAGUUGGAAGAGAUGAUUUGUUUGUGUAUGAAAUUGGCGUUGUGAAGAGGCCAAGAUGAUUGUUAAAGCUUAAAGGGUGAGUCAACUCCAGAAUGUUCAAGUAUUGUUAUUCAAAGCUAGCAAUAGUCAAGGUUUCCGAGUAAAUUUAAUUCACUAAUGAUGAUGCUGUCUUCAGUUGUCAUCAACAUGAACCAUAGAUAGACUAAAAGAAUAAUUUGCAGUUAUUUUUUAUGUAGUCUACGACUACAAGCCACCACGGAGCAAAUCAUGUUGGUUAUAAUCGCAUAUGCAGCUGCAGGCUUCAAUCCUCAUCAUCAUUAAUUAAACAAACCGGCACCAUCAUAUACUAUACCAUAAACAACUGCUUGCCUUGCCAACCAAGUUCAAUUUAUCCCUCUCGAUACUUUUGAAAAUGAGCCAUCUAAAUUAUAUAUUCAACCCUAAGAAUCUUGUCACCCAAGUCAUGUUUCUUAUUGGACUAGCUUUCCUUUUUGUAAAAAUAAAUGUCUGCAACAUAACGCACGUGACCCGUAUUUUCGUCACACAUAUAUUAUUAACAAUAAUUAAUUUCAAUAUGUUGCCCAAUUCUUUGCUUCUAAUAAAGCUCAUUUUUCAGUAUAUAU